UCAAGGUUUGGACCUUUACGCAGGUUCCUCGGCGCGCUUGACAACCACCACCGGGACUGUGUGCAUGGUUAGUCUGAGAUAUUUAAAAAAAAAAAACAUAUGGAAAUAGCGCGAAAGCAGGGGGGACACCUCUCAGCGACGGCGACACGUGCUCCUUCCUCUCCCCCUCCUCAUAUGAGUUGUUGAAGAGGGGAGGUGCAGGGGCGGCUUGUGCCAUCUCAUCGUCUUCCUCAUCUGGCCGUCGGAGGAGCUUCCAGCCAUGACUCUGAGCUCCGAGAUGUCGGAUGCCUCCAUCCUGUCCGAAGAGACCGACAUCGACGUGGUGGGCGAGGGGGAGGACGGGGACAGCCACACGCGCUCCUACGUGGACGAGGUGGAGCAGAUGCACGACGGCAUCCUCCUCGCCGGCUCUCCUCCUCCGUGCCUGGACGGCUCCACCACCUCCUCCUCCUCCAGGGACACCUACAAGCCGGCGGGCAAGAACACCCUGGUGAAGCCCCCUUACUCCUACAUCGCCUUAAUCACCAUGGCCAUCCUGCAGAGCCCGAAGAAGAGGCUGACCCUGAGCGAGAUCUGCGACUUCAUCAGCAACCGCUUCCCUUACUACCGGGAGAAGUUCCCGGCGUGGCAGAACUCCAUCCGGCACAACUUGUCCCUCAACGACUGCUUCGUGAAGAUACCGAGGGAGCCCGGGAACCCCGGGAAGGGCAACUACUGGACCCUGGACCCGGAGUCCGCAGACAUGUUUGACAACGGGAGCUUUCUGAGGCGCAGGAAACGGUUCAAGCGGCAGCAGGCGCAGGACCUGCUGCGGGAACACAACAGCUUUAUCCCGGCCGCCGCUGCCGCUGCUGCUGCGUACGGAUACGGACCGUACGGCUGCGGAGGAUACGGCAUCCAGCUCCAGUCCUACCACACACACUCUGCACUUUUUGCUUUCCAGCAGCAGCAGCAGCAGCAGCACAGGCAUUCACACGCACACACGGGGACUAUUAUACCCGCACCAUCUUUGAUGCCCACCACCACCACGGACUUAUCCCGGACUAGGUUUUACCCCCAGCUCACCCCGAGUCUGGGCUCAGGUAGCGUGCAGGCUGCAGCCCCCCCGGUGCAGCAGAAGUCCAGCUCCCCGGUGCAGCGGUCCCCUUUCUCCAUAGAGAGCAUCAUCGGCGGCUCCCUGAGCCCGUCCAGGACUUCCCCGGUCGUUGUGCCGGUCUUACCUUCCUCUUUGGGAGCUCCAGCUGUCAGCCACCACCCCGGAGCGGUUUUGCACCCGGUUGAAAACUUUCCGAGCAGAGUAGGAAGCGGCUCUAACGGGUGUUAAAAGAAAAUAUCGAGGUGCUGAAGCAGCAGUGGGGAAUCAUCGGGGAGCCUCUCCAGGAGCUUCUCUUGAGGGGCCUCCACAGCAUCCAACCUCCCCCCCCCCCCUUCCCCUCCCAACACACCCGGUUGAAAACUUUCCGAGCAGAGUGUAAAAGCGGCUCUCUGACUGGCGGGUGUUAAAAUGUCUUAACAAGAAAACUUUUUUCAGAAACAGAAACAGCAUCACAAACAAAACAAAAAAAACGCCCCCUCUUUGAAGGUAGGAUUAUUUUUGUACGUUUAUUUGCUCUCACGCAGCUGAAUGAUGGACAUAAACAAAACACUAUGUGUGCCUGUAUUCAUGCUGUUAAAAAAAAAAAAAGAAAUAUAUUUAUGUUGAUUUUUUUUUUCGGUGUGAAUCAGACUUUUUUUUAAAACCACCAACUUUUCCCCCCCUCCUUGUAUGAAGUAAAUUCAGUGACUUAGGGCGUCUCAGGAUUACCACAGGUUAUAAAUGAUCACAUGUUUAUAAAAAAAAAUAGGCUAAUAAUGUAUUCGUGUCAAACACAUCCAUGUUUUUUUUUUUUUUACAUUAGUUUGUCAAAUCAAACAUUUUUUU